AUGUUCCAGCGCUCCGUCCCGCGAGAGCCGGCGGCCUUCGUGCCGUCCGAGCCCGCCGUGCGGCCGGGCAGAGCGGCGAGGCCGCCAGUGAUGGCGCUGGCGACGUUUGGCAUUCUCUUCUUUUGCAUCGAUAUCCGCGUCUUUGCGCGAAAAUGCCGUUGGUGCAAAAAGUCAAAGAGCGCAUGGUGCAAGCAGCACCCUGCGCGCGACCUGGUGGAGUGCUCCCGCCUCUGCGCGGAAGCCGGGCCGUCCUGUAGCCACGCCGUCUUCCGUGAGCCCUCGUGCUUCCUCAAGAGGGGCGACGACGUGCCCCUCGCCCCUCAGCCAUGCUCCGGCCGCGAGGAUCAGCCGCGGCUCGUCGCUGUGAGGGAGGGAGUCAAGUGGCACCUGACGGCACCUGAGCCACAGUGUGCCAGCGACGACGUCGAGGCAGCGGCGCUCGCACUGCCACCAAGCGCUUCGGCGCCCCCACCGUUGGGCGCGGUCGGAGGCGGAGGCGGCGGAGGCGGACAGUGCACGGCGCUGCUCGACCGGCACGUGCACAAGAACGGCGGCUCGACGAUGCGCGAGCUGUUCCUCGCCAACGAGGCGCGCGGCGCGUGCGUCUACUGGGGGUACGCCGCCUACGCGUACCAGUGGUCCGUCGUACGCAGCGCACUGGUCGACUACCUGCGGGAGCAGGGGAGCGGGGGCGGCGCGCCCGAGACGGCGCUUCGCCUUUGUGCCGAGUUUCACUACCCUGCCGGCGGCUUCAACGCGGCCCAGCCGCGCAAGUUCGGCCGUACGCUCGCCGACUGGCUGCCGCCCAACUUGCAGACGGCCGUGCUGUAUAAGCCGUGGUUCAGCGACCAUGCGGAGCACAUGCUUCCGGGCUCGAGCGAGCGGAAUGUGCGCUUUCGCGAGGUGGACCGGGCGGCGUACGAGCGCGUGCGCGACUCGCUGCUGCGGUACGACGUGGUCGGCACGGUGGAGCGCUUCGACGAGACGCUGCUCCUGAUCGCCGACCUGGCCGGCCUCCCCCAUUUGCUCUACACGCGUCCCUCGCAGCCCGUCAAGUCGGCCAAGGGGAGGUACGUCGCCGAGGGGUCGGAGGAUCGCGAGGCGACCACCGCGCGCGCCUGCCCGGACAUGGCCGAGUGCGAGGCGACGGUCAAGCGGCAGGCGCCGUUCGACCACCGGCUGUACGACGAGUUCUCUCUCCGCUUUGAUGCGCGCAUCUCCUCCCUCGGCGCCGCCUUUGCGGCUCGGCGGGCACAGCUAACGGCCGAGCUCGAAAAGGCGCGGAUGGUGCACGAGGCCGAGAAGGUGCUGGGCGGCGCGAACGGCCGCCCUCCAUCAAGCCGCUGUGACAAGGCGAAGCUGGUGCUCCGCCGGCUGGGCAAGCGGGAGCGCAACGAGAUGCGGUGCAUGGGCGGCCACGGCUUGCGAGCCACCGCCUCGGGCAGGCGCCUCUGCCGCGCUCUCGCACACACGCGCUCCAACGUAUGCCCUUGGCAGCUCCCUUCCGGCCAGCUGCCGCGGCGGCCGGUGCCCUGGCAGCUCCUCGCCAACGCGUCGGCCCUCCGCGAGGACCUCGGCGCCGAGUAUGGCGAGCAGCAGGCGUACAGCGAGAGUGAGACGUACGAGGAAGGGUAG